AUGUAUGUUGCUCUUUCAGCCAAAAACAAGUUGGGAUUCAUAGAUGGCAGCAUACCAAAGCCAGAAGAAGGAGAUCCCACAUAUUCGAGUUGGAUCAAAUGCAACUAUAUGGUGCUGGCAUGGAUCUCUAACUCCUUAUCCCCAGAUAUAGCCAACUAUGCUCUAUAUGCAGAUUCUGCAGCUCAUGUGUGGAGAGAGCUGAAAAGAAGAUUCUCAAGAACAAGCAACAAUAGGAUCUACAUGCUAGAACAACAACUUAUCUCAACCAAACAAGAUGGAAGUGCAGUAAGCAUCUAUUUUGCCAAACUGAAAUCCAUAUGGGAUGAGAUCUCAGUUUAUGAAGAGGCUUGUGUAUGCACAGCUAACCCUUGUGGUGCACUAACCACCAUGAACAAGAGAAGAGAAACCAGACGAGUCAUGCAGUUCUUAAUGGGGUUGGAUGAAUCCUAUAUCACCCUGAGAAAUCAAGUGUUGCUCAGAGAGACUUUACCAGAUUUGGACGAUGUUUUCAACUUGGUGAUUCAAGAGGAAGCUAACAAUGAGCUAUCCAGUAUGACACAUCAUCCAGCUGAUUCUGCUGCUAUGAUGGUGAAGGGAGAUAUCUCUGAGAAACAAGGUGGUGUCCAUAAUCUUCAAACUGCAGCUGCUGUAAACAUGACAGAAUAUGUUCAAAGAAACAAUCAAAAGGGAAAUUUCAAACCAUGGGUUAAGAAUCCGCAAACUAAACCCAAGAUGGUUUGCAGCAAGUGUGGCAAGAACAAUCACACCAUAGAAACCUGUUAUGAGAUCUAUGGAUAUCCACCUGGACAUAGGUACUCCAAAUUUAAGUCACAAGCAAUGGGGAAUCGAUUCAGUCAUCAUAUGGCCAAUCAAUCUUCAGUUGAAGAAUCAAAUGAUCAAAAGAACAUCGCCCUCACCCAAGAUCAAGUCCAACAAUUGAUGUUUCUCCUGCAGGGAUCCAACAUCAAGCCUAAUCAAAGUUCCAUAAGCUCAAAGUCUGUUUCUAAUGAGUUCACUAGCUCAGGAAGUAGGAACUUGGAGGAGGAUUGGGACAGCUAA